UACCCCGAAACGACGCGGUAAAAAUUACCCAGCGCGGCCAAUGGGUAAGUAAUUGUAAGCAGCUCGGUAGAGAAACCCUGGAGCAAAGUGCAGCUGCAUAAUGUCUAGUAGUAAUAGUCACAUAAGGGGCCCUGCUAAUGCGCUUUUGAAUAAAAUAAUAAACCUGAUCUUCCGCAUUGUCCCGCUCUCCCUCGGCGGCGCGACCGUCACUGCCUCGGCCCUCGAGAAAGCGUCCCGACGCGCUCAACAAACCCCGCAGAAGGGGCCUCUCGGGCAGCUGCCACCCACAAGCCCGUUUUGGCUCCCCUGCAGAGCAGUAAAAAUUGCUCUGGGACGCAACCAGCCCCUGAAGAGGGACAAGCCCAAAUGGAAGAGUGACUACCCCAUGACGGACGGACAGCUGCGCAGCAAGCGUGAUGAGUUCUGGGACACGGCGCCCGCGUUCGAGGGCCGCAAAGAGAUCUGGGAUGCGCUCAGGGCCGCGGCGCACGCCUUCGAGAGCAACGACCACGAGCUGGCGCAGGCCAUCAUCGACGGAGCCAGUAUAACGCUGCCGCACGGCGCCCUGACGGAGUGCUAUGACGAGCUUGGGAACCGCUACCAGCUGCCCGUGUACUGCCUGUCGCCGCCCGUCAACAUGAUCGAGGAGAAGAGCGACUCGGAGAUGCCGGAUAUGCCAGAGGCGGCGCCCACUUCCGGACACGAGUGCCAGCUGAGGUUGCGCCUCUCCACGGGCAAGGACCUGCGGCUCACUGUGCGCACCUCCGACUCGGUGCAGCACAUGAAGCGGCGCCUGCAGGCCGAGGAGGGCGUGGCGCCCGCCAGCCAGCGCUGGUUCUUUUCGGGCCGCCCGCUCACGGACAAAAUGAGGCUUGAGGAGCUGAAGAUUCCCAGGGACUACGUGGUACAAGUGAUCAUCAGCCAGCCGCCGCCACAAACCCCCCCGCCCGUGGAGAACUAGCACCCAAGCUGGGCCCAGGAAAAGGCCCAAAUGAAUCGGACUCAGUAUUAAUCUUAUUGCUACGGUUGUUCGUACGGCCUUUUCGAGUUUUGCUCUCGUUUUUCUGUUGCCUUCCCCCUUUUCUUAUAUUUCGUUUCACUCCUCGAGCAAAAGCGCUCACCUGUAUACGCAACUUGCUGUCACUGCCCGGAUCCAGGCCCCCAUGGGAACCAAAUGGAACCCCUCGUUCAGGCACCGGGUGGGAGGAGCCAGUCAACUGUGGAGCGGAGAAGACUUGAGUGAUCGCUGCUGGCUUCUUGCCUGCUCGCAGAAAACCAUUUGUUCUUUGUUUCUUUGUGGUUGUGUUUUUAUACAGAAAACCGAACAACCAAAAAGACUGGGGAAAACGGAGAUGAUUACAAAAACGGUUAUUGGCGGCAACAACACGGAGUUUCUAAUGCUUUGAUAUUUUUUCACCUUCCAGAUUAUAGUGUGUAAGGAAAAACUGAUUUUGCUCUCUUUCUUAAGAUUUUGUUUGAAUUGAAGCUUCCUUUGAAUGGUGGAUGAGGGUUGCCUUUGCUGAAGAUGAAAUUUAUAGCACAAAUGGAACAAUCGAGGUCCAAGGCCUUUUUAUCAGAGGAGACAUUUCUAUCUGCAAAAAAAAUUCCAGAUGUACAAAAUUUGUUUUUAAACCUUUGCAGUAUGGUGGAUUGUUUUUUUCCAAACGUUCACACAUUUUAAUAUAUAAGACGUCUUAUAAAAUGUUCAGAGAAUCUAGAAUGUUUAAGAGCAAUCUUUGAUUGUAUGGCUGUUCUUAAGGGUGAUUCAAAUUGCAAGUACUACUAGUUUGCUCACUUCAUGGUUUUCUAACUAAUUUGCCUAGAAAAUACACGUUCAGAUUUCUAUAAGGCGUAAUAACUAAUAGUAUAGGUAAACCAAUACCAUAUUUUAAACAAUUUUUUUCAAUAUUCUUAAAAUACCUCCAUCCACAGUAGACAGGGAUUGUUUUUAUUAAAAAUAAAUCCGUAAAUAACGAAGAACAAAACAUUUUUGGUUGUAUAUGGGUGGGUUUGUGUGUCAAAGAGGACUGGAGUAUGAAAUUGGCACAUAUAUGGUAUUGAUUUAUGGCAUUGAUGAACUUGGUGUGAAUAUGUAGAGAGGUAACUGCUACAAAGUGGUAUUCAUAUUGGCCUAGAAUGCACAGCCAGCGAGUUGGCGAGGUGGUAACGGCAUCACAGAUCAUCUCUGCUGCGAAUGUAGUUGUUCAGAUGGAAACUUGUUACCGUUCCCCUUGUAUGUCUGUAUUUUUAUUCUCAAGUCACGUUUUAAAGUGUCUCGAUAAAGUGUGUGCUCAAAGGGGAUUGUUUUAUUCUUAAAUUGCAUACUUUAAACGAGUGAACAAUUUAAAUUGUCAAAUUUGAGUUUUUUUUUUUUCCCCCCAUGUUCAGUUAUGAAUGUGCAGGUCUUCAGUAAAUACAUCUACCUUUUUGGGUUUUUUCCAUUUAAACAUUGGCAAUUUGUGCUUUUUUUUUUUCUGUUUUCCUACAAUCAAGUUGUUUUUUUCCCUCCCAUCACUUGAAGACAAUGAUACAAAUGAAGAGAAUCACAUGCAUGAUGUGCCUUGAGCAGUGGAGAAUAAAUACUGUGAGACAGUUGGACUGGCUCAAACUAAUUAAAGUUUGCGUGAGCUUUUUUUAAAAAAAAAAAAUUGUCGUUUCUGAGCCCUUCUGUCACCAAGACUGUGGUUUUGAGUGUGAUCCGUAGGCACCAGCCCUGCGGUCAAGGUCUUUGCAUCACCUGUAAAGGA